GCUGGUUCCAACAAUCGAACCGGAAGUUGUUCCUUCUUCUCCGGAAACUUCCUCCGCUUCAACACAACAACAACAAGCACGAUGGCGGCGACGGACGGAGAGAGAAACCCUGAAACCGGCAAACUGGAGUUCUCCGUGGAGGUUCCCUUCCCGUCGGCGUGCGAGGCCACGGUCGCUCUGCGCUCUCUGGCGCCGGACGCCGAGCCGAGGAAAGGCGGCAUCAGCAAACAGCUCGCGGUGACCGGCAGCACGCUGUCUGUGAGGUGGAGUGCCGACGAGGCUCGGAUCCUCCGAGUGUCCGUGAGCUCGUUCCUGGACCACCUGGCGCUCGUCACGGAGACCAUGGAGAUGUUCGGCCCACCGGUUUCCCAGUGAAGCCUGCACACAUCCGGGACAGUUUCCCAUCCUCUCCUCCUCCUCCUCUGGAGGCUUCAAUCUGUGGACACGGCUAACGGGAAACAGGCUCAGACUGUGAGGAUUGAAGAGGGGGGGAGUCUGAGCAACGGGCAGCUGGUACCGCGUGACGAUGCUGUUUUUGGGAUCGUUUGCUUGGUUAAGUGGAACAAACCGGCCGAUGGUGUGAGAGCGCGGUUCUGCGUUUUUAUUUAACCCUUGUGUCCAAAUUGACCUGGUCUGUUUUGCCUGUUUUAUAAAGCAUAAAGUAUAAAGUAUACACCUUCUAAGCCAACUUCAUUCCAACUUAUCACCGCUAGUUUUACACUUAUGUUUGUAAUUCAUGUUCAAUAAACCUCAUUCAUAUUAAAUGAUGCCUAAUUUUGAGUUUAAAAAACCCAGAAAUUGUGAAUUACUUUAGCUAAUAAUUAAGAUCAGAGGAACGUAUGUUGAUGCAUGAUUACAGCAGUUUCAUGUAUGGAACUAUCCGUUAUUUUUUUUUUAAGGCAAUUUGGUUGGAAAAAGCCCAUAUUUUUGAUACAGAAACUUUUAGAAAACGGGUCAAAUUUGACCCCGAAGACGACAGGGAAAGUGAAAAGAAAAGGCAGCAGGUCAGGGAGUUGUCCAAUGUGAUGGAGCUGCAACAAAUGGAUAAUAAUGAACAGGACAUCGAUCAAUCGGACACUGAUUUGACGCUCAUCGCUUCGUAGUAUAUUUUCAAAUACAAAAAAAACGCAAAAUGUUGUAAAUGGAGGAUCCAUUAUCCAUCCCUCUGUGUACGCCGACGAGCGGACGCACACGUUCUCACGCUCAUCUCGUAAAAUAUGGA